GCACCAUUCUUGCACUACGCUUCGUCACACCUUCAUUCUGCCAUCACUGAGUGUGGGAGAUGACAGUUCACCAGCCCAAAUAUAAAGUUUCCUCUCAGUUGUAUUCUAUUAUAUAUUGUCAUCUAUUAUCAGUGAAAGCAUUUCUUUUUGGGUGGGCAGGGUUUGCACACCUGCCCUAUAGAAGAUCUCCAAACUGACUUUUUGAUGAGAUGUCCAAUUAUUGUUGACUGUCGUUUUGUUUUGUCGUGCAGAAUCACUCACGUUUGCCCAAAGAAAGUCAAGUAGUCUGUUAAACUGAAACACAUUUAUUUUGAAUUCAGUUCAUUCACAGGGUUACCCAAAACAUUAGUAUUGCAUACAGAUUUUGUGUUUUUGAGCGAGAUGUGUUUAGUCUUACAGGUCUUUUGCUGAGGAAGUCAUUUUCAGAGGGGAAAGUAAAGUAGCCUAGCCCAAAGUGCAGUCUUCCCAAGAACGCAGAGAGCAAGCGCCUGGAUAAAUAUAGCCUACGGCUUUAUAUGGUCAAGCUAGAGCCCACAUCUGCGGGCUGCGCCUUUUGCUUACCAAAGGGAAAAAGAGUUUCCCAUGUAAUUGUCCCAGGCAGCGUAGAACUUAAACACGAAUACAUUUGGCUUAUCUAUAUGAAAAACAAACAAGUCAUGGAAUUAGAACAGUUUGAUGUUCGUCUCUUUCCUUCUUUCUUUCUUUUUGCAUAAAUACAUAGCAGGAAAACAGCGUAAAGAGUUUAGAGUGAGGUAUUUAAAGUUCGCGAACAAACACUUUAGGCUUUAUAAACAUGACAAACACUUCAUGCUGUAUUUUAUUCCCUAUAGGCCUGAAUUCGGCGGUUUCUUUCUCAAUAUUCCAGGAAAAUUCUAUCUUUAAUGUGGCUUUGGUGCUUCUGUAGGGAGGUUUUUUCCUUUCCUGCUUUUGGAGUGGCACAGAGUCAGAAACAUAGCCUGUAAUUACUGUAAUCGGUGACCUAUUCAGUUUUGAAUGGCCUUAGCCUCACUGCCAUAAUGUAUUGCUCACAGUUGACCCACAGAGGGCGCUGUGGCUCUGUUAGGUCUCCACAAGCAUAAUUAUCACAUUGUGUUAACUGGGUGUGUUGUUACCAUUAAAAGGUAUUGUUAAGAUGUAUCAAUUAAAUUCCACAUAUUGUUAUUUUAUGGGGUAAUGCAGCGGAUUUUCACAGCGGGGCGCUUUGCACAACAAUGCGGAAAGUCAUUUUAGGUCUAUUUUGAAAUCAGCUACUUCCUGGACGAACAACAGGCAUUGCACAGUGCGUCUUCAGAAAGCUUUGCGCAUUGUCCUGCCUGUCUUCACGCAGCUUUCAGCACAAACAAGGACGUCCCCUCGUCCUUGUCAAUAUCUCGGAAAUUGUGCCACAGUUGAGAUUAUAGUCUUUUUUUUCCUGCCUAUAGCUGUUCAGUAAACCAUGGCCGGAGCUACAUCGCUGGAGGCAGUUAAACGAAAGAUCAAAUCCUUGCAAGAGCAUGUAGACGGUGCUGAAGAGAGAGCCGAGAGAUUACAGAAGCAGUUGCUUGCGGAGAGGAAAGCCAGGGAAGAAGCUGAGGCAGAUGUCGCUUCCCUUAACAGACGCAUCCAGCUGGUUGAGGAGGAGCUGGAUCGUGCUCAGGAGCGUCUGGGCACUGCCCUGACCAAGCUGGAGGAGGCAGAGAAGGCUGCUGAUGAGAGCGAGAGAGGCAUGAAGGUCAUUGAGAACAGAGCCAUGAAGGAUGAGGAGAAGAUGGAGCUGCAGGAGAUCCAGCUGAAAGAGGCCAAACACAUUGCAGAGGAUGCUGACCGGAAAUAUGAGGAGGUGGCCCGUAAGCUGGUCAUCAUUGAGGGUGACCUGGAGCGUACAGAGGAGCGUGCUGAGCUGUCAGAGAGCAAAUGUGCUGAGCUUGAGGAAGAGUUGAAAACUGUGACCAACAACCUGAAGUCACUGGAGGCCCAGGCUGAGAAGUACUCACAGAAGGAGGACAAGUACGAGGAGGAGAUCAAGGUCCUCACCGACAAGCUGAAGGAGGCUGAGACUCGUGCUGAGUUCGCUGAGAGAUCAGUAGCCAAGCUUGAGAAGACCAUUGAUGACUUGGAAGAUGAGUUGUAUGCCCAGAAACUGAAGUACAAGGCCAUCAGCGAGGAGCUGGACCACGCCCUCAACGACAUGACAUCCAUGUAAUUUUGAACUUGCUGUGUUCGCUUGUUCCACUGUCACCCCUCCUUGGUCUGCCCCACCUCCAUCAUCUCCCUUUGGCUUUCUUGUAUCCAUCAUAACUUGUACAUCAUCUCAUGCUUCCAUUCCUACAAUUAAAAUGGUUAUGCAGCCUUGUUUUUAUAUAGUCUUAAAAUCUAAUGUGGUAAAACACAUUACAGCUCACUCUUAAUGGUUAUGAUACUGUAUACCGCUUGUCUCAGCAUCGUUGAUGUUUGAGAACACAGCAAACAGUAUAGAAGUAAUCUGGUGCAUGAACAAAAACAGCAUGGGUUUUAUUUUUAGCUGAUUUAAUUAUGAGCUGUAUUACUUUUAUGUGAAAAGUAAUCACUGUUGAAUUUGUGAGUUUCUAGUUCCGUAGUUUUCAAAAUAUUCAUGGUAAUGUCACAUGAUAUUUUGACAUCCAAAAAUAACGCAUGCAAACCAUGUUUACAAAUGUCGCCGAUGCAUUUCAAUGAAUCUAACUGACUCACUGCAGCUGAACGUUCUGUGCAGUGUUUCCUCUUCUACUAAGUUGGUCUACUUCUGCCCAGAAGAAAGGCCCUCUGUGUGUUUGUGAGAGCCCCCUUUGUUCUGUCAGUUGAAGGUUACCUGUUGUAGCUAAGCAUCACUGUAGCUGAACCCCCACUUUUGCCAAAUUAACCGUUAUCUGUCAACAUUCGGCCAUUCUGUGUGAGACUGACAAGGCACACCGACUCUGCUCCCCGUGUUUUAACAGAAAGGUCUGAUGUAAUCACGUGGUGGGUCUGUUCCACCUCUAGUCUAAUUCUGUCUCACAGUGCAUUUCCAGUGCAUCGUGGUGUUGUAGUGCCGUGCCGUGACCCCUGUGGUUCUGCUGUAUUGUGGUGCGCAUCUCAGAUUUCUCUAGGUCCCACACCGGCCCCCCGGUUCACUGUACUUCUUCUCUCCCACACAGAUAAAUUGUUUACACCUCAUCAAAGACGCCUCCUGCCAGCUGAGCGGCAUCUGGCUGGUUUCACCAGCCUUCUCUCCAUUUUCCCUUCCCUCUCUGUCUUUGCUUUCCUUUCCUCCUCAUGUUUUCAACCUCUUCUCACAGUUAAUUGCAUCCCAUCUCUUGUACAGAAUCCUAGAAUCUUUCUGCAUUGUGUAAAGAAUAAACCUUCCUUCUAUGUAAGCUGUAUCUCUUUACUUUGUCCUUUUUUUCUUUUUCAUUUAUAUUUAUUUUCAAGUGGCUCUAAUAAAACCAGGAAGCCUUGAUUCUAAGUUAUGUUUUUGAUUUUGUUUCUGCAUCUCAACAACCAUUAGUUGAGCUUUACCCUGCUUUCAUUAGUGUAAUUUGGAAGAUUUUAAUUGAUGUUCUUUUUCUUUUCUUCAAAUACUGUGCUGUGAAGCUGAGAUAUUAGGACUAUCACAGUAGUAGUAUGAACACAGAAACUUAAAACAACUACAAGUACUUGAGCGAAAGCUGAGCCGAGUUCUCUUUCAUUGCGUUUGAGACUGAUGAAGGCACUUUUAAACAUCUAGCGCUGUGACAGGAGGUGCUGACUGGAACACGUUGAGAAUGAGAGGGAAUUAGUGUUGGACUGUAGUCAGGGAGAUUGUGGAAAAGUUGGUGGAAUACAGAGCAGUAUGGAAGAUUUGUGGAGCCUCAUCUGGCUGCUGGAAAUACUGGAUGAAACUGAUAUUGAUGAUUAUAGCACAUGGGCUUUGUGUAUACAGUAUCCUGUCAUAUAUAUUUGAAUAAAUCUAAAAUCACACAUUCUGAGUCUUUUUUAUUAAAUUCAUUGCCUUCAAGUCAGACACAGUCACAGAGAUAAGGAGAAGUGAGCGAUAUCCUGAGGUUGUGUGUUUUGAGGCAUUCAAAUGAGCCACAUCCCUAAACUCAGAAACAUCAAACCAAACUUAGGCUACAGAAUGGCUGAUUCUCAGUAAGGCUAUCCAGUUCGGAUGUUGAUCAGCUAUAUUUCAACAUAUGCUAAGACGCUCUUGGUAGAGGAUGUUUUGACCAAAUAGACAAACCAUUCAGAGAAUUUUUUCCUAUUUUGUUGCCACUCACUGCUAUUAUUUGAAGAUUAAAAUGUGUUGCCAUGGUUCUUUUUAAACUUUAUGGACUAAAUCUGCUCACCCUCUGUUUUCACUCAACACGCUGUCCUGUCACUGUCCUGUCACUGUCCUGUCCUGACUUGCUUUACAUGUUUCCAAAACAUGAAAGCACUGUGCAGUCAUGUUAGUUAAAAGUUAGUCAGAUAUUUUCAGUGUGUUUUGACAAAUGAAAACGGUCUUCAGUGAUGUAUUCUAAAGACGGUAGGUGUGUACAGGUGUUGCAUUUUCUCUUUUCCUAUUUUCUUCUGAUUUUCUGUGCUCUCUGUUUUUCAACUUGCUUUCUGACU